AUGGAUAAACUUGUCUUUUACUUGCUAAUUCUCCUUAACACCAUUCAAUACGUCUAUGGUGCUGGUACCAAUAUCACCCCGCUUGACUUUGUCAAAACCUCUUGCAAAACCACCCGCAACCAGGCUCUCUGUGUCAACUCUCUCUCAAGUUAUGCUGGUUCUAUCCAAGGAAGCGAUCAGCAGCUUGCUAAAGCAGCCAUUGCGGUUAGUCUUAACAAUGCCAAGUCAGCAGCUGCACUCGUUUCCAAACUGUCUGGAACCUCGAAACUAAAACCACAAGAGUACCAAGCACUGAAAGACUGUGUCAAUAGCAUGAUCAGCUGUAUUGCAAGUCUAACCCAGUCAGUUCAGGAGCUUGGUAAGAUGGGUCAGUUUAAGGGCAAGAAUUUUGAUUGGCACAUGAACAGCCUUCAAACAUGGGUCAGUUCUGCCCUUACAGAUCAAAACACUUGUGCUGGAGGGUUUUCUGAUGGAUCAAUGAAUGGAAAAGUGAAGGAUGCUCUUAAUAAGAAGAUGACUUCGGUUGCACAAGUCACCAGCAAUGCACUUGCUUUAGUAAAUGGGUUUGCGUUGAGGCAUAAAGCAGGUACUCAUAAACCUUAA